CAAUCCCGAAUAAUUGUUAGACAACUGCAUUUAUGAUGUCAAUGAGAAGAUAUGUUUCCCAAUAUUUAUUUCACUCGCAAUUUGAAGAGAAAAAACAUGCGAUAGUACAUCUGCACAGGUACAUAGAGCGAAUAAACAGAUUUGCCCUGUACUGCUCUAAUUAUGUAUAAUCUAUUCAGAUAAAGAGUCACAGGAUGUCAUCUGAUAUGAAUCGCCUAUUAUACUCACAUUUACUAAUGUAUCGUUAGAGAUGGACACCAAUGAAAAAAGUGCCCUUCUUCCGAAUGAAAGAAGAGGAGUCAUUCAGAAUGUAUCCAAGAAAGACCAUGAUACUCACAUAACCAUCUCAACCAAUGACUUCAUCAUACGGAAUAUAAACAUUAUUCUGAUAGCAUGUGCUGUGACUAUAGGAGGUGUGAGUAAAGCUCAAUACAUCUACAAAUGGGUAUCCUUAAACACAGUCUUGCCUGACCUCAUCCCAGAGACCAAUGCCACCUCAACUGGUAACAACUCACAACAAUGUGCUACAAAUUCAUCAUCUGAUGCUGAGGACGAGUACCAAAGACUCGCAGCUCGCUUGACUCUUUUUUUCACUUUGACCGAAAAAGGAAUAGCUCUUCCGGUUCUGGUAUUUUUCGGAAUUUACUCAGAUCGAAUUGGUCGAAAACCUUUGAUGAUUGCCGGAACGGUAGCAGAAUGCUUAAAAUACGGAAUUACGUCGUUUUUCAUUUAUAAAGACUUUCACAUCAACUACCUGUAUAUUUCGUUUGCGGUUAGUGGCUUAGGAGGGACUUACUUUUCGUUCUAUCUUGGAACCUUUGCAGCUAUCGCAGAUACCACAGCUCGAAGCAAACAAAGAACGUUCAGCAUUGCAUUGCUUGAUGCUGUGGUAGGUGUCAGUGGCUUGGUGGCACAAAUCACAGCUGGAUACAUGAUAAAGAUUACGGGCUAUAUCUAUAUCAAUAUGAUGGUAGCUGGGUUAUUUAUAUUAGUAUCAUUAUCUAUCAUAUGUCUAUAUAAAGAAACCCGUACAAAUGGACAACAUGCCAACUCACCAAAACACAAAACAUCAUGGAGUAUUUGUGAUGCUAUCAAAAGAAUAACAGGUUUUUACACACAUAAAGAACAACGACGAAAUAUGCCACUAUCUAUAUUUCUAACAAAUGCAGUUGUUUUUAUCAUCCUCUACAGUAUGGGAAGUGCUAGAUCUGAUAUAGAGAUUCUAUACACCUUGAAUUUUCCAUUUUGCUGGUCAUCUGUGAAGAUAGGAUAUUAUCGUGCCGCAAAAGACUUCGUUCAAAUGGUUGUUGGAGUUAUCCUCAUAAAACUUCUACAUUUUUGCACUUCCGAUGAGAUAAUAUGUAUUCUUGGAUGCGUUUCUGGUAUCGCGUCAAUGUUAAUAAUGGGGUUUGCUUCCAACGAUUGGAUGCUGUAUCUUGCUACAGGGCUCGGAAUCAUGUGUAUAGUCCCGCUACCGCUGAUAAGGGGAAUAUUUUCGAAAACAGUUUUAUCAGACAAACAAGGCGCAUUGUUUGCCAACAUCUAUAUAUUUGAAGUGUUGUGUAGUUUGGGCGGAAGCACAAUUUACAACAACGUUUAUGCCGAGACACAAACCACCAUGAAAGGUGUGACGUUCCUUGUCAUGGCAGGAGUCUACCUCUUAUCAGGGAUCUUAUUGAUUAUCUGUUUGUGUUUGACCUCGUCGUGGGAGACGUCUAAUCUAUAUACCACAGUAGACAAUGAACCCUCAGUGAACUGCAGAAGAAGUGACACUCCAUGCGUAGAUAACGUCGAUUUGAUGAACAGUAAUCCACCUGACGAUACUAACAAUGUUGAGGUUAAUACAGAGGAAGUCGACUCGGUCUAGUGCUAUCGUCGGCUUUGGAGUAUUAUACAGAUGAAGUCGACUCGGUCUAGUGCUAUCGUCGGCUUUGGAGUAUUAUACGGAGGAAGUCGACUCGGUCUAGUGCUAUCAUCGGCUUUGGAGUAUUAUACAGAGGAAGUCGACUCGGUCUAGUGCUAUCGUCGGCUUUGGAGUAUUAUACAGAGGACGUCGACUGGGUGUAGUGCUAUCGUCGGCUUUAGAGUAUUAUACAGAUGAAUUCGACUCGGUCUAGUGCUAUCGUCGGCUUCGGAGUAUUAUACAGAUGAAGUCGACUCGGUCUAGUGCUAUCGUCAGCUUUACAGUAUUAUACAGAUGAAGUCGACUCGGUGUAGUGCUAUCGUCAGCUUUACAGUAUUAUACAGAUGAAGUCGACUCGGUGUAGUGCUAUCGCCAGCUUUACAGUAUUAUACAGAUGAAGUCGACUCGGUCUAGUGCUAUCGUCAGCUUUGGAGUAUUAUACAGAGGAAGUCGACUCGGUCUAGUGCUAUCGUCGGCUUUGGGGUAUUAUACAGAUGAAGUCGACUCGGUCUAGUGCUAUCGUCAGCGUUACAGUAUUAUACAGAUGAAGUCGACUCGGUGUAGUGCUAUCGUCGGCUUUGGAGUAUUAUACAGAUGAAGUCGACUCGGUCUAGUGCUAUCGUCGGCUUUGGAGUAUUAUACAGAGGAAGUCGACUCGGUCUAGUGCUGUCGUCAGCUUUAGAGUAUUAUACAGUUGAAGUCGACUCGGUCUAGUGCUAUCAUCGAUGUUUGAGUGUAUUAUAACAGCAAAGCAGAUAUUAAAGGUUUAAUGAUGCACAAAGGUUGAUAAGUAUAAAGCAGACAUUGAUUCAUUUAUUACAACUCUGUUAGAUUAUAUAUGAAAACAUUCAUAUAUUCUUAUAUAUCAUUAUAUUUUCGUGGAGCUCGGAUCGUGUUCCUCAAUUGAUUGGUACAAAAGGAUGCAAGGACGUUUGAAUAUAAACAGAAAGUGUCAGCAAACAAGACUGUAAGCACAUUCUAUGCUAAGUUAAUACUGAAUUACAAUAAAAAGACUCAAUUAACAAUUUCACAACUGAUAUGGCAAGUGAUAAAAUUCGUAUAAGUGUGUUAUUGUUUUUG